AUGCAUUGGAAAACUAUUUCGGUUCAGAGACAAUGCACACCGGAACACUUUCAAAAACUCUUCCGGUUUAGAGGCCUGCAUACCGGAACACUUUUGGCAAUUGUUCCGAUCAGCAACAUGCGUACUCUAGGAUCAAACGGGAGGCCUACUGGACGAUGUCGCACUGUAGAUGAAGCUGGUAUGUCUGUACCAGUUCCAGAGCCACCACUUGAGCUAGUUGGGUAUCCUGGAGGACCUUCGGAUAGAUCAUUACUUGUUCGAUACGAGCACCAUGUUGCUCGACGUCUAUGGUUCAGAGAGGAAAGAGGUCUCAAAAAGGAGCUUAAAGUCGCAGGACACGGGACGAAGCUGAAGGAGAGGAUUCCUCAUUUGCUCCCACCAGAGAUGGAAGAUGUGGUGUCUAGGUCAGGUCUGACUUGUCUCCGAAGAACCAGUCUGACCAAGAUAGACAUAAAUCUUGUUUCAGCAUUUAUGGAGCGGUGGCAUAUAGAGACAUCGUCAUUUCACAUGCCAUUUGGUGAGAUGACGAUUACAUUGGAUGAUGUUGCCUCGAUGGGGAAUAGGGUGUUACAUUGCCAGUCUGCUGCACUUGCCAAUUGGGGGUUUGUUCUGUGGUUAUAUGAUAAAUUUGUGGAGCAUCAAGUUGCUAGUAGCUGGGCAUUUGUGACCAGGGCAUAUCUUAUGAUGUUGGUGGGUUGUACGAUUUUUUCUGACAAGACUUUUACUCUUUUCGAGGCCCGAUAUUUGUUUCUUUUUAGAGACUUACAUGGACUUAGUGCUUACAGUUGGGCAUCUGCUGCAUUAGUCACUCUCUAUCGACAUCUUGGAGAUGCAUCUAUCUUUAGUUGCAAGCAGCUAGGUGGAUAUCUUACUCUUCUACAGUGUUGGAUUCAUGAGUACUUUCCCACACUUGGAAGGAAAGGAGAGAACUGGCGUCCAUCUGAAAAUCAUGGGCUUCCUCGUGCGAUGAGAUGGUCGUACAAGCAAGGAGCCAUGAAGGUGGAUGAGCUUAGACCGAUUUUGGACCAACUGACACCUAUAGACGUCGUAUGGUGCUCAUUCAAGGAUCACAGACGUCACCGUCCUUUUGACGAGCUAUCUCUGUACAGAGGUUUUCUUGUUUGGGCUGACUUACAUGUUCCAUACUUAUCUGACAGGUGUCUACGCUAG